GAAGACCCAGGGCCAAAAGAUUAAUGAACUGUCACUCAAAAAGCGACUUCGACUAUCACCUCACUAAAACGAUUCAACACGAGUAGAACAAAGAAAAGGCUAUUCUCCAGAAUUCCCAAUUUCUCUGUUCUUGUUCUGUUCACGCUUCCAAAGGUUUUCUUAAAUGGCUGAAACAAAAUCAGCUAUGAGAAAGCCAGUUUUCACCAAGGUUGAUCAGCUGCGCCCUGGAACAAAUGGACACAAUCUUGUAGUAAAGGUUGUGAGUUCCAAGCUGGUCCUGCGAAAGGGCAGGCCAGAUGGGCCACAAGUUCGGCAAAUGCGAAUUGCUGAGUGUCUGGUGGGAGAUGAGACUGGGACAAUUUUGUUUACUGCAAGGAAUGAGCAAGUGGACAUGAUGAAGCCGGAUAGUUCUGUCACUCUGAGAAAUGCCAAAAUUGACAUGUUCAAAGGAUCAAUGAGACUUGCUGUGGAUAAAUGGGGUCGGGUAGAAGUGGCUGAACCUGCAAAAUUUACCGUCAAGGAAGAUAAUAAUCUCUCGCUGGUUGAAUAUGAAUUAGUUAACGUUGUUGAGGAGUGAAGCCGCAAUUAAUCUCCUCUGCUUUCCAAGGGAGCUAAAUUGUAUGGAAAAAAGAAAAAAGAAGCAGAAAUCCGGGUUUUGUUUAGGAGAUUACCAAGGUGAUAAUUUGUCAUUUUCAAAAGUCCUCCUGUUUGUGUGAUUCACAGCAAGUUAUGCAUUAGGAAGAAGCAUCUUGAUGUCCCUAUAUCGAUGGAGCUCUAGUUACUACCUGGUGGCAAGCGUUGCAGCUGGAGGUAAAAGCAAGGAUCAUCCCAGCUGGUAUAAACAGGCAGGAUCUAGUGGUACAAACCUGCUCUGGUUUGUCUUAAAGACGCAAGUUUCACCUAUCAUGAAUGUAUUGUGCAGUUUGAGUAUUUAGCAGAGUGCCGAGAUCCUUGAAGAACUUCUAAGUUUAAUUUGGGUAUCCUUUAUCUGCUCUUGUAUGAACCAAGGGAGGACUUUUUGCUGUUAUGAUAUGCAGCUGCUUAUUCUGGAUUACGUUUUCGAAUAAACGGAUGUAUGUGUUUUAGUA